AUGGACAAGUUUACUGGAAUGACUGCAAAAGAAACUGUGGAGCAAGUCGCCGCCUCGCUCGGUUGCCCUACAACCUCUGAGCAGGUGGCCACUUUCUUGGACGACUAUGAUGAGUUAAGACACCUCAGGGAGAACUUUUUGGUGCCUAAAAUAGCAGAUCUACCUCCCUCGGAUCUGUCGCUGGUCGAUGGCACCAAAGACAGCAUCUAUUUGGUGGGUAACUCGCUGGGUCUGCAGCCCAAAAUGGCCAAGAAGUACCUGGAGGAGGAGCUGGAAAAGUGGGCUAAAAUGGGUGUGCACGGCCAUAUGGAGGGGUCACGACCUUGGGCCUGGGCUGAGAACAACUUGGAGGAGCUCAUGGGAAGAGUAGUUGGAGCGAAACCGGAAGAGGUGGCACUGAUGAACGGACUGACCGUCAAUUUACACCUGCUAAUGCUAUCAUUCUACCAACCUACAGCUACGCGGCACAAGAUAGUUCUGGAAGACAAAGCCUUCCCUUCAGAUCACUACGCUGUUGAGUCACAGAUCCGACUACGAGGAUUUGACCCCGAGCAGAGCAUGUUGUUGCUAAAGCCCAGACCAGGGGAAGAGACUCUUCGAACAGAGGACAUCCUGGACAUGAUUGAGAAAGAAAGUGCCUCUGUGGCUGUUGUGAUGCUCAGCGGAGUUCAGUACUACACUGGUCAGCUGUUCAACAUGGCCGCCAUCACCAAGGCUGCCCAGAACAAGGGCUGCUUGGUGGGCUUCGACCUAGCUCACGCAGUAGGAAAUGUUGAUCUGCAGCUGCACGAGUGGGGAGUGGACUUUGCUUGCUGGUGCUCUUACAAGUAUUUAAACUCUGGUUGUGGUGGGAUUGCUGGAGCAUUUAUCCAUGAGAAACAUCAAUACACUGUUAAACCUGCGCUGACAGGGUGGUGGGGACAUGACUUGAAAACCCGAUUCCAGAUGAACAAUGUGCUGGAGCUGCAGCCUGGAGUGAGAGGCUUCAGACUAUCCAACCAGCCCGUUCUCCUCGUGUGUCCCCUGCAGGCUAGUUUGGAGGUUUUUAACAUGACCAACAUGCAGGCGCUACGCAGGAAGUCUGUGCUGCUAACGGGCUACUUAGAGUAUUUAAUUGGGCAUUACUAUAGCAAGGAUCCUGGUCGUCCCAGUAAACCUCAUGUCCGCAUCAUCACACCCUCUGACCCGGAGCAGAGAGGCUGCCAGUUGUCAUUCUGCUUCUCCGUGCCAAUCCAGAGAGUCUUCCAAGAGCUGGAGAAGAGAGGGGUGGUUUGUGACAUGCGACAGCCAAGUGUGUUGCGCAUUGCGCCGGUGCCACUCUACAACUCUUUCAGUGAUGUCCAUCGCUUCAUCAACACUUUAGGGGAGGCGAUUGCCACCAGCUGCCAGUGA